UGGUUAAACGGCUAAAUCUGAAAUACCUAACAAAUUAUCUUAAAAAGAAUUUAACAACAAACGGUUUAUCAUCUACCCUGAUUUGAACAAGUAGCAUAUCAAUGCCUACUUCAAAGAAAGCUAAAAAUAUGCUGGAAUCGUAUAAAGAAAAAAUCAGACGAGAAUAUUAUGGAGGAGGUAAAGAUUUAAAGCUAGAACGGAAAACUCUGCCUGGUAGCCUAUCAACACUGCUUUUCCACGAGCGCCUACUACCAAUCAAAUCACAAAUAUCAGAGAAAGUUUCAAGUAAUCAAUCAAAGAAAAGUAAAAUUAAACAACAAAUCCCUAAGUUUAAUAACGAGAACGGUAAAAAGGAAUCGUAUAAAGACAAAACAAGAAAAGAAUAUUAUGGGGUUGGUGGCAUAGCUGAAAAAGAUGAUAAAUUAACGAGAAAUGUUUGCGAAUGUGAGCAGGAAGAAAAAUGUAAAAAAGAUAAAGGCAAAAAGCAAUCAUAUAAAGAAAAAAUUAGGGGAGAAUAUUAUGGGGUCGGUAUUGCUGAAAAAAAUGACAAAUCUACGAGAAAUGUUAGCGAAUAUGAACUGGAAGAAGAAGGUAAGCAAGAAAAAGGCAAAAAGGAAUCAUAUAAAGAAAAAAUUAGACAAGAAUAUUAUGGGGUUAGUACAGUUGAAAAAAGUUACAAAACAACGAAAAAUGUUAACCAAUAUGAACAGAAAGAAAAAGGUAAGAAAGAAAAAGGCAAAAAGGAAUCAUAUAAAGAAAAAAUUCGAAGAGAAUAUUAUGGGGAUAGUGCAGUUGAAAAAAAUUACAAAACAACCAGAAAUGUUAGCGAAUGUGAACAGAAAGAAAAAGCUAAGAAAGAAAAAAGCAAAAAGGAAUCAUAUAAAGAAAAAAUCAGAAGAGAAUAUUAUAAGAUUAGUACAGUUGAAAAAAAUUACAAAACAACGAGAAAUGUAAGCGAAUAUGGACAGGCUUAUCAACAAAUGCGAGGGCAAUCUCCAGAGAGCAGGAGAGUAUUACAAGAGACAACAAUUAUGCCUGUUAGCUUAUCAACAGUCACGCAAGGGAGGACAGACACAAAAAUAGAGCAGUGGCAAUCACCAGUUAUGCUUUCGGAACAAGUGCAAGUGCCAGAGGUUUUCCACGAGAGCCUACCAGUUCAGCCGCGAGUACGAUUAAAAUCUAAAAAAGAUUGGGAACUAGAAAAAAAACUGGAGAAAAUGGUGAAAAAAGAAAAAGAACGAGAAGCAAAGUGGGAGAAAAAAGAAAGAGAACAAGAGGCAAAGUGGGAGAAAAAAGAGAAAGAACGAGAAGCAAAGCAAACAGAAAAGACCCCAAGAGUGAAAUUGGUAGAGAAAAAGCAACAGCAAUUGUCAGGAACAACUUCUUUACCUGAUAGCAUGUCAACACUUCUGGCAAAGAAUAACUCAGGAUGUUCUGGGAAGCAAAAAAAAGCAAGUCAUUCAUGAGAUACCGGAGACUUCAGGUUAUAGUCGGUGAAAAGUCUUAUAGUCUAUACAACGAAUCUUUUUGAUAUUUAUUUUAUUGAUGUAUGUGUUAUUUUUAUAUGGAAG